GUUUACUCACACUAAAUGCCACAACAGUCACAAAAAAUGAGGAAUGUGAAUUCUAUCCUGGUGAGAAUGGGCAGAGAAGAUUCUGAUUGGCUGAGGGAGCUGUCAGCACUGGGUUUUGAAGCUUGUGGUCAGAUUAAAUAAGAGAAUGAGAGAACUGUGGCAGUAAAAAGAGGGGCCAAGAUAGCAGGAAGGACUCACUUUAAGCCUUGAGAAAAGCCGUCAUGACGCUCGCUGAGAUUAUCUUCAUCUUGACCGGGACUUGUGCUGUCCUGGUUUUUGGAGGGAAAUUAGUAUGCCUGUUUAUGAUGCUUGUCCCGAAGCUCUUCUGUCCUCUUCCUGAGUCUUUUUUCACCACUCUGGGGAAAUGGGCAGUGGUCACUGGAGGGUCAGAUGGAAUAGGCAGAGCAUAUGCAGAAGAGCUUUCAAAACUAGGUAUGAGUGUGAUCGUCAUCAGCAGAAAUCAAGAGAAGCUUGACAGAGCAGCAAGGAAGAUCGAGCUCACUACAGGUCAGGAAAUCAAAGUAAUAGCUGCUGACUUCACCAAAGAUGAUAUAUAUGGACACAUUCAAGAAAACAUCAAGGGUUUGGAUAUUGGUAUUUUAGUGAACAAUGUCGGGAUUCUGCCCAGCCAAAUACCCUGCAAGCUACUUGAAACCUCUGACUUAGAAGAAAGAAUACAUGAUGUUAUCAACUGCAAUGUAAAAGCCAUGGUUAAGAUGUGCAGAAUUGUGCUACCAGGGAUGCAGCAAAGAGGAAGAGGAGUGAUUUUGAAUGUGUCCUCCGGCAUAGCCAAAAUACCCUGCCCCAUUUACUCCCUGUAUGCAGCAUCCAAGGUUUUUGUUGAGAGAUUUUCACAGGGUAUUCAAGCAGAAUAUAAAUCCAAGGGAAUUAUUAUUCAGACGGUGGCUCCAUUUGGGGUUUCAACAUCAAUGACAGGACAUCAGAAGCCAGAUAUGGUCACCUUCACACCUGAGGAGUUUGCAAGGAGCUCACUGAAGUAUCUAAAAGCUGGUGACCAAACAUAUGGCAGUGUCACUCAUACCAUACUGGGCGGGAUUGUGCAGUCCAUUCCCACCUGGGUCCUGCAGAGCGAAGCGUUUCAGCAUCAUUUCAGGGAAUAUGUGAAGGAGAGGGUCGGAUGCUGA